AUGGAAAGAUACCUCCCCCUGGAUGCGUCUGAAAUCGCAGCAACUGCGCUCCGAGCGUGCAGACAGAACCAUGGAAGCAUGGUCGAGGCGCUUCACUCAGUGUCGGCUCAGGUUUCACCCGUUUCGGGAUCACUGUCUUCACAGACCACCUGCCAGGAAUGUGGCUACUCGGCCGAUCCUCAAAUCGUGCAGUACUCUCUCUUGGAAAUAGAGACCCCUGCGUUGGAUGCUGAUCCUUUAACGGCUUCCCGCGAAGGCUAUGCUGCGGCGCUCUCAGAGACGGCCUAUUAUACUAGAGUCCUGGUACUUCCUCCAAAUGGUUCUCCGAUCUUCAACUUCCGCCUUCUCUCUACCAAAUUGAGCGCCGCUUACUUGCAAGAAUUAAUCACGAGCACUCUUGAACUCCCACCAGACACUCCGCUUGCAGCCCUUAGUAUAGAUAAGGAAAUAAUCGGGCUUGCAGACAUCUUUGCCGAGGAAGAUGACACCGGUGAUCAGGACCGCAGCGCAAGCCUAGAGCGCUAUUGCCGGCUGAACUUCGGUGCCAACCAUUGCCUUAUCGUUGCCCCUGUUUUACCAGAAGAGCUUCCUACGGAUGAUAGGAAAGACGUGAUCGUUGACAUCUUUAUUCAGGGCUCACCAGAGAGUGUUUCAAUUCCGCUCAUUGUGUGCCCAGAGAGCCUAGACAACAUUGCCAGGAUCGUGCGCCAGCGGCUGGCCCUCUUCUAUCCGGAUGGGGCUGCACGCAACAGCAUUCUGUCCCAAAGCACGCUCUUAUCUUUGACUCCAACUACGGAGUGCUCCCUUAAGUGCGUUGUCUCCUUUGAUGCUUCUGUAAGUCCUACUGCGCGGAGUCACGAUCUUUGUAGUGUGUUUCGAUCUAGCCCAAGAGUCUUCCCGGUCAUGCAGUACACACUGAAAGAUUGCAUAGAGAAUUUCCUGAAAGAAAAACUAGAACCGUCUUUUGUGUGCCCGAACUGCAAGGCAACGGGGUCGAUAAUGGUGCAGAAAACGCUGAUCAAUCAAGGGAAGAUCUUACCUACACUGAUUUUGAACUCAGCCUCACAUAUCCUAUUGCAGGAUACUGUUGCUUUUGAUUCGUUGCAGCACACAGUUGUCUUGGCAGUCUUACGGGAUGGCUCUGGAGAGCUUCUGGUAGCAAAUAGGGUGGAUACUCAACUGUGGAGCGUUGAUGGGGAAACGCGUAGCCUUGCAGAGUUACAGUCUCUUUCGUGUGUGUUCUUUAUCGCUGUGGAGAAACACAUAUCAAAGGAGAUUGACUAUUGA